CAGCAAAAGGAAGAUAGAGUGUUCCUCAAUACAUCCUUCUCCAAUUUCGACACCCUAAAUUUUCACUCUUUCAAUUCUUCUCGGACCCAAAUUCGGUUUCCGAUCAUAAUCCCACCGAUCAAGUUCUAUCUCUUUUUAUUUAAAAUCAAAUUUUAAUUUAAAAUUUAAUAGAAAAAUGGUGUCGGCAAAUAGGGAGAUGGUGGUGUACUGCUUCGACACUCUGAUGGCGCAUUACAACAACGAGGAGGCUCCUCCUCCCGCCUUCGAUGAGGGCCAACAUCCACUGUUCGUGACCUGGAAGAAAGUGAUCAAUGGUGGGGAACCUCGUUUACGUGGAUGCAUAGGCACUUUGGAAGCUCGCUGCAUAGUUAAUGGCUUCAGGGACUAUGCUUUAACAAGUGCCCUCAGGGAUCGACGAUUCCCCCCAAUACAAGCUAAAGAACUGCCUUCCUUAGAAUGUACAGUUUCCAUUCUGACUAAUUAUGAAACUGCUCGUGACUACCUUGACUGGGAGGUUGGGAAGCAUGGGAUAAUAAUUGAAUUUACUGAUCCUGACUACAAUACAAGGCGAAGCGCCACCUACUUGCCUGAGGUUGCUGCUCAUGAAGGGUGGACAACUGUUGAAGCAAUUGAUUCAUUGAUAAGAAAGGCAGGCUAUAGUGGCACCAUCACCGGACAACUGCGAAAGAGCAUCCAGCUCACGCGUUACCAAAGUACACUGUUUACCAUGCCAUACAGCGAAUAUGCUGCCUAUGUGAAGACAACUAGAGGCAUUGCUCCGACUAUUAAUGGGGCAAAACCAUGAUAUGUUUUGUUAACUUCAUUCAAACUAUUGUACCGAUAGGAAGGUAAUUUAUUUAACAAAAUGCCCAAUGAUUUUUAUCCUUCCUAUCUUUCUAUAUUUCUUGCCAACUUGAAGAAGGGUUUCUGUAAUGUAUAAUCUGCCCUCUGCAGUGUUGUAAAAUUUGCUUCUGUAAUACUCCGUCCUCCCACUUGAAGUGACUUGUUUUUUUUUU